AUGUCAUGUUAUUUUAACCACUCGUGCUUCUCAUCCACAAUUAUUUAUGCAACUCUUUCCUUCUUCUACACGUCAUCGAUUUAUUGCCUUGGGGCGUAUAUGAGGAGGUCUAGCCCCUCCUUCUUCUUCUUUUCGCUUAUUCUCUCUUCUCAUCUGACUGCCUCUGGACACUCUUUUCACCAAGCCUCAUCGAUUUUGUUGUUGUGA